AUGGCCAGUCUCGCAGAUUUUGUCGAUUUCUCCCCCAGGUCAUUGACCUUGGCCGCGGCAUCGAUUGCCUUUAAUCCAAUUUUCUGGAAUGUUGUUGCUCGUGCAGAGUACAGCAACCACAUCUUGACGCGAAUCUUCGGUGGCCCCUAUCGAGGAUGCUACGCGCUAGCUGUCACUAUCUUUUCGUUGGGUAUCCUCCGGGACCACCUUUAUCAGGUCGCUCUGGAUGAGCAACCUUUCUACGCACCAGUGCAUCAGCCGCUCGUGGGCAGUGCUUUGUUUGCAGUUGGUUCCGUUUUGGUAUUGUCGAGCAUGUGGGCUCUAGGCGUCACAGGAACCUACCUUGGCGACUACUUUGGCAUUUUGAUGGAUGCUCCCGUGACCGGUUUUCCUUUCAACGUUACUGGCUCGCCGAUGUACUGGGGCAGCACACUGAACUUCCUUGGCGUUGCUCUGUACAGGGGCAAAGUCGCCGGUCUCCUCCUAACGGCUCAAGUGUUUGCGCUCUACUGGUUUGCCCUGAAGUGGGAAGAUCCUUUCACUGCCGAAAUCUACGCCAAGCGUGAGCGAGAGCGCGCUAAGAAAGCCGGCGGCAAGAGGCACCAGCGAGGGAUGGGUGAGCUUACACACCCAGUUGCACCAGCUCCCGACUCGGAUCAUCUUCUUGCGAAGCCGCACAAGCCCCGGCCUCGUGCUUGUGACGCAGGCAAGAUGCCUCUUGGAUCAAUCUCCAACAACAUUUGA